AUCCCUGUGUCAGUUGUCAUCACAGCGGCACAGCACAGCCCAAUCAUGCAACCAUGUCACCAGGUCAUCCACAGCUCCAACAGGACUUGUGCAUUGCAUACUAGUAUCUUGAUGACAUGACCAUGUCCAAGAAGAAAACUGUAGCAUCCUGAGCUAUGACUGAAAAUACCACAAAAUCAACUGAUACAAGCCGUGAUGGCGAAAGUUGUGCUACCAGCGUCCUGGAAGAUUCCAUGUUUGGAUUUGCCUGCGCUGACAUUAUCUACCUUUAUGCUGAUUUGAGGCUGUUAUCUGCCACUGGAUACACAUCCACUCCCUUUGAUCAACUAACUGUGGACUCUGAUGCCUACUUUGGUCGAAUACCUGUCGGAGGGAUCGACUUUAAUUUGAACGAUCGAAAGGACCGUCACAGAAGAACCAACCCUGCCAAUAUGCUUUUGAGCCUGUUACAAGAACUACAACGGGAAGCAGCCCGAUGUAGAGACAGUCAAGUAUUGGAGGCACAAGAAGAAAAACUAAGAGGGGCACCCUUUGCGGUUCGUCGACGUCGUCAAUCUGCGCCAUUGGUGUACAUGCCGGCCGGGGUCUCUACCACCAAUACCAAUGAGAGCAACAGGAGGGGAAACCAUGACAGAUCCAAUGCUCCGGAUAACACAAUGCUGGAUUGUAUUGAAAUGAUUCUGAAAUCUAGCAUGAAACACGAUCCUUCAACGCCCAGAGCAUGCGUUCUCAAAGACAUCCACACGGGCUGCUGCCUUGAGCAUUACUUUCAUCUACAGUAUUCGCAGCUCCUACUCAGUAACCUCUACAGAGACGCCAAAAAUGCGGGUCUGUAUGACCCAAACGAAAUGGCCACCACUAGACAACAACAAAAUUAUGACGGGGUCCAGGAUGGGGCGUUGUUUCUGUUGGAAGAAGCAGUCCAUUCACCCUCUGAUGCCAAGAUUUACCAAAUUCUACAAAGUCAAUUCAAGGAGAAUUCCAUUGCUAGCCAGAUUAUGAGUGACACAACCGAAUUGGUUUGGUUUCAUGACUACUUCCCGUCACAUGAGGCAGUGUUUGGGAUCCUUGUGGACUAUAAAUUGAAGGUCAUUCACGUGGUGUUUCGAGGCACUGUCACUGUGCAAAACUGGGUGAGCAAUUUGAAGUUUCACUCUGUAGUGGCGCCCAAUCCCAUUCCAGAGGAUUAUCCCAACAAGAAGGAGGAUUUCAAUCUGCAUGAUGGUUUCCAGUCCUACAUUCUACGACAACGCUUGGAUACCCACCAACAGUGGUAUGAAACUGUAUGUGAUUUGGUGGACUACUAUGGCAACAGUUUGUUGGGUGGAACCUAUGAAAUGACUGUGUCAGGCCAUUCCUUGGGGGGAGCAUGUGCUACCCUCAUGGGAUUCUAUGCUAGCACUGACCCACGAAUGACACUACAGGGUCCAGUUGUCAUUCAAAGUUUUGCUGCUCCCAUGGUGGGAUGCCAUGCCUUUGCUGAUGCCUUUCGUCAUCAGGAAAGUGUGGGCAAGCUGCGACAUGCUCGAUUCUUCAAUGAAUCAGACAUUGUGCCUAGGCUACCAGUCAACAUCAAGUUCUGGGAGGCCCGUGGAAGUCCUUGGGCCCACACCGGUCUUGGCAUUGAACUGUUCACAAUCCACGAUGAUUCUUGGUCGGCUGCUUCCUUGUGCAAGUGGGUGUUUCGAGGUUGUCGGCAGCGCACCAAGGAUUCUUGUCUGGCUGCAAUCAAGUAUGCCGCCAGAAAAGACUACUGGGAAGCACUAUGGGACGCUCUUUGUGGCAACUUGGUGUUUCACCUUGACGUUUGCAACACGGGAAGGAAUCACAUCAUGUUAGAAGUCCAAGCUAGAAUGCAGCAUGCCCUCUCGCAGUCAGUGGAUGAUGGCCUUGAUUGCUGGACCAAGCUAUCCCUCGAAGACCUAUAUCAAAGGCACCUGAAGGGACAGGAAGUGCAAGUAAGGGAUUCAUACGCCAAGGUGAAGGUCACUCUGGCCAUAGGCACAAUUGCAAUUGGGGCAUCGUCCGUCUUCCUUGGAAGAUGGAUAUGUACAUAGAUGUGUUGGCUGGUUUGCUAACGAAACGUAAAAAAGACACGUGAGUUGGCUUUGGAGAGACUAGCUAGACUCUAGCUAGUGGGUGCUUCGAGUGAUUCUAGGAGGCGUUCAGAAAAUCUCCCGUUCUGACUGCGUUCCCGGCUUCUAAAGGCAAUGGAUUUUGUCUAAACUACUACCUGGCUAAAGAGACCUGCUGCUUGGGCCACUUACCAGGGCGGGGGGAAGAGUGAGUUGGUUGGUUGGGCUGCUGUAGCUCUUGUAGGGAUGAUUAAACUCAGAAAAAGUGCAGAACGCCACUGGUGCCCACUGAUCUGGCUAGUGGAGGGGAUUCCCUUGUUUGGCUCAAACUUGUAGCAACGGCCAAGCAACAUGGGCCCACUGAGACAAGCCCACAUCAUCCAAAACAGCGGGGACGCACCAAAUAUUGAGAAAAAAGCAACUGAAGACGGGGACAGGCCUGGGCCAAAACCCGGAAAAGAGAUGCACAAGUUCUUCGUAUUUCAUCGACUGCACAUUGCGGAUCACUUGCAAACUGCACAGAACCUUUUUCCUCUGUACCUAAGCAUAUCCUGGAAGUAUGUUGGCAGCGCUAUGCUUUUGAUUCUCUACGAUGCCAGUCUCGUACAUGCAGUUUCCUUGGUCUUCUUAUGUGCAUAGACGACAUGGAGUAGACUGAUGCCAUGAUUGACGGAAGCAUUGCCAUGAUAAUUCUUUGACAGCAGUGGCGACAAACCAAGCCUAGUGGUCUUCUUUCUACCUAGCUAAUGGUUGCACCUGUUUUUUAAGCUACC